AGCAUAUCCGCCAGAAGUAAGUUCAUUAGUUUUAUUGGUAGAGACAGAGAGAGAGACACCCACCCACACAUAUAUGUAUAUCAUCUCAUUGAGCUUGCUUGACAAUAUCCUUUGUGGGUUUUGCAGUCUCAAGAUAGAACUUGUAGCAGUAUUGAGCUUGCGGUGUGUUUCAGACGGAAGUCAUUUGAAACUUCGGGGCCAAAAAACAAGUGCCACAUAACCAACAUAACAAUGUCUGUCGAGGAGUUGAAGAUUCGCAGUGAGCUUGAAAUGGAUGUAGAAAGAGAUUUGGAGGAAGAGAUUAUGGACAAAAUAUAUCAUCUUGCACUUCGAUUGCACCGACUUUAUCAACAACAAAAGGAAAGGAAAGCCAGAGAAUUAUCCGAACCCGAGGCAAAAAAUCAACGAGGUACCAACAAGAAAACACUGUCUGAGGUGAAUAUAAACAUCAGAAUGGAAGGAGGAACCAAAAUUGAGAUCAAAGAGAUCAAGAAAGAUGCCCGAGAAAGUCGUCAGCCAUGGAGUUCUAGAUCGGAUAAUGGGCAAGCAAUGGUGGCUUCUGAUACCAAGAAGUUCAACUGGGAAAAAACUCUCCGAUCAGGACCAUGUCCGGUCGCUGUUCCGAUGAGAAGUAACAGUUCCAAUCAAGCUAAAGUGCUUAACAAGAAGCAUAGUCUUCGUCAACAAUCUGAAGUUGACACUGUUAGAAAAAAUGGUGGUGGCACCUCAGGGCAGCGAAAGGCGAUCGUGGGUGUCCAGAACAGGCUACUUGAACUGGAAUGGAGGAGUUGAGGCAGUGUUUUGGAUUGCUGAUAUGCUUUGGUUUUCUACUGGUGAAAUAAGGUUUGUCAACCAAGUCAUAUUGUGUUGUGUAGUGUCAUAAUCAGAUCGUGAUCGUCACAUUGCUGCUUGUGACAAUAAGCCUCGUUGGCAUAAGUUUGACUUGUAAAUUGUGUGAAUGUGUGGUCAUGAUUAAAGGAUUUUGUUUAAUGAGAAGCCAUAUUAAUUUGUCAAAAGCCUGG